UCGGAAGUACGUUUCGCAUACAAACAAUAUGGCGGAUACUCUAGUAGAUAGUGAGGUUCAGACUCUUCGUAAUCGUUUUAAAAAAGAUGCUGAAUUUCUAUUGCGCGGGGUUUCAGACGAUGACAGCCUCGAAAAGAGUCCGGAGGAAAAAGACGCAAAGCCCCUCCCUCGAAUUAACCGCCAUUCUGUCUUCUGGAUCGCGGCUGCCGUUGGGUUGACCUACUACCUCGACUUCUUCGCCGUUAUAAUGGUGGACGACAGCAUCAAUGGUUGGUGGUUCAGUGUCGCUGUGGUAUUACUGGGAAUUAGCGUGGCGUUAGCAUUGUUCUGUAUCCUGUACCUGGAUUGGUUCAAGGGCAUUCAGCACUAUGACCAGGAGUACCCGGCUCUCGCACCCGUCACCACGGCCAUCUUCAUCGCUGCGUCCUGCAGUUUUAAUAUAGCACUGUGGCCAGUGUGGUCAAUAUUCACUCCCGUCAUCCUUUUCACCCAGUUUAUGGGGGUGCUGAUGCUUAUUUCCAUGCUGGGCUGAUGCAGGCUUGAGAUUCCUCCCAACCUUGAUUUGGACUGUUGGGACUGUUUUAUGUUGAAGUUGAAUGCAUUCUUUACUUUCAGCGAUUAUACUGUAUCUAAUAUUGUUCAUACUAAAUGCCAAUGCUUUUAAAUGCCAAUACAAUUUUUUUAUUGUUUAGUAUGUAAAGCUAUUUAUUUGUUUUCAGUUUCUGUGUUCUAAUACAACUCUGUGUAAUUAAAACAAACACUGUAUAUGGCAUUUUUUGUAUUACUUUCUUAUUAAAACAUAAUUAUCAAA